ACAUUUUCUGAUAUGUACAUAUGUGGUUCUCAAUAUAAAAAUUUCUAUAUGUAUGUCGUGAUACGAUCGAUUUAUAACAACUGCCUAAAUAUAAUUUGUAUAACCCACUUCUUCUGACAUUUAUAUCUUCGCGAAAAAUAUACAAUACAAAAGUUUACUUCCACGUGACUCGCACGUGUUAAAAAAUGUCAGAUCUUUCAGAUACAGUAAAAGAGGAACCACUGGAUGUAAAAUUGACAAAAAAAGGAAUGCUGAUCUACGGCGAGUGGAGUCGGGAGAAAUUAAUUAAUGUGCUAACGAGCAAACUCACGCGACGUGGCAAACAGGAAUUACCCGUGUGCGACGACACGUUGCCUCAAGUGUUGCAUUGCAUCAUCCACAGUGGAAUUUACGAUGAGCACGUUUUACGUCAGAUAGAAAUAAGAGAUAUGUCACCGCACAGUAUCGUGAAAGCGAUGAAAUACGGUCUUCUCAGUCUCACGUCCGAAGAACUGAGAUAUUUUGAAGACUUCGGAGUUGAAUUAAAGGACAUAGGCGCACAAACAUUCAACGACAGAUUGAUAAGGAAAUUGUACGCAUCCAGAUUAUCCGAAGCUCAGUGCCGAUCUAUUGUCACGUGCGGAUUGGCAUCCCAGGACAAAUGUGUACUAUAUUGGCUUUUCUUGAGUGGCAUUGACGUGCCGAGAAUUCUAUCGUGGCCAGGGAAAAUCACGCCGGCUACAUCGACGAUAAUUGGUUUUCUAAGAAAAUUCGGCGUAAGUGAAGACACUCUUCGCCACGUAGAAGAGAACGGUAUCGACGACGAAGCCGAAGAUAUGUUAAUCGAUCUCGGGUAUAACGAAUACGAAGAAAUGAUGGCUACGGAAGCAAGUGAAGCGUUUUGACUAAUUUUUAUUAAAAAAUACACGAAGACACUGUGCUGUAAAAAUUAAGUGAUCUACACACAUUGAAAAUAAAAUGUGAUCCGUAGGAAGUGAUAUGCGAAUGCAGUUUGCUUACAUUGAGGUCCGCCUCCUCGGACGAAGAAACAGCUGACACUGCGUCCGACAGUUCUUUGUUAGAGACGAGAAUACCUUGUUCGACAUUUUUAAAAAUACAGUCUGAUCUUGCCGCGGGUACUUGCAUCUGUCAUAUAAUAAAUUCCAUAAAAUUAUUGCGGAAACAAGACACUGAAACUUCGAGAACUUCUCACGAUUAUUUGAGGUAUCUUGAAGUGUUGUUUAAAAUCGCAACAUUAAUUGUUGUUGCGUGAAAGCACGACGUGAUAUAAAUCUAGAGGUGCGAUGAAUUGUACGUGUAUAGACAAAAUGUGAUGGUGCCACUGACGUGGGCGAUAAGCAGAGCUUUGAGAUAUCAACCGUCAGAUCCCACGCAUUACGUAGCCCAACAGUUGUUACGUUGGAAGUACGGCAAUGUCUCACAAAAGGAAGUACGUGAUAUUCAAGAAUUCGUGGUUUCUGCCACGACAAUGACGGAACAAAGACGCGUGGUAAGAUACACGUUUAUUUUCCUAUUCGCAAAAUACGACUGUAUUCCCAUUCUGUUUCAAUUAGGAAGAACGUAUGCGCAAAGAAGACGCGAUUAAACGUCAAAAUGCAGAAGCGUUAAAACAUAUUCCUUGCGACGUGUGCUUAGAGCGACAAAAAUUGUAUCCUGUUUUAGAACGUUGUUGGAAAUGCAGGGGAGUGCUAAUGUCACCGCUGCAAGUGAGACACAAAUUUUGCAAAGGGAAGCAAAUAAUUCUUCUACAAAAUUCAAGCUAAGUAAGGCAAGAAACGUUUUUCACGCACGCUCUUCAUAAAAAAUUCGUUUAUUUUAUAUUUGGACUUGUACAUUUAGUUUCGCAUUAAGUUUAUCAGAACAAUAUAUUUCGGUGCAGAAAUCGCACAAGAGUAUUACGUGGAACGGAAUGGAAUGAAAAAAUGUCCGACGCAUCACAAUAAAACGAUGUUUAACACAUUCUGGCAGUGAUCAAAGUUGUUCAAAAACUUUCUUUUUUAGUACAAAAAGUACCGAACUUUCUUUUUUUUUUUUAGUCGUUUCUAUAAUUAUAUAUUACGUACUCGACCAAAUAUUUUAUACUUGGAAAUGCACGUACUAUAUACGAUUUAUUUACUUUGUAAUGUCAGGCAGUCGCAUGAACGAAUACUAAUCCGGUAA